AUGGAGGAGCCAAUCGCUGAUCCUGAGUUUGGACCAACAUCAGCUGAAAAAGUUGCAGGAAAUGAGGAUCUAGCAACAGAGAUUUUCAUUCAUUUACCUGCAACUUCUCUUGCUCCAUGUCUACGGGUAUCAAAGUGGUGGCUCUCAUUCAUAUCAAAUCAAUCAUUUGUUUCAAGGCACAACCUUCUCUAUCCCCCCUCCUUGUCUGGCCUGUUCUUGAUUCCUAGACAAACUGCUCAACAUCCUGAAGUUCGUUUUCUCUCUCUCAAUAAGAGUAAAUUUUUUACUCUUCCAUUUGCUGCUUUUCUUAAUGCCAAAGAAAAAGAUUACACUCUUCACUUGGCUUUUGAUCCUCUCAUUUCGCCAAAUUACAAGGUUGUUUGCUUGAAAAAGGUAGGUAGUCAGCCGUCACAUUACCGUAUUGCAAUCUAUUCCUCCAAAACUCGUCUAUGGAGUCUCUCUCAAGAGCCUGUUUGUGCACCUAAUGAGUUAGACUUUAAGGACGGUGUCUUUUGCAAUGGCGCAAUUCAUUGGCUAACAAGCAAAUGUAGUGGAGCAUAUAUUGACUUGAAGACAGAGAUACUAAGAGAAAUGCCAUUGCCUCCCAGGCGAGAAGAGGAGUCAGAAUAUAAAUUCAAGUACUUUGGAAAGUCCCAAGGAUACUUGUUUUAUGUUAUCUCACGCCCUCUUUUUAACCACUAUGAGUUGUAUCAGACGAAGGAAGAUUAUUCUGGAUGGGAAUUGAAGUUUCGGGUUAAUCUCAAUGUGUUAAUUGCUAAAUUUCCAGUUAUGGCUAGGAACUUUGGGCGUCAUCCUUCUUUGUUCUCUGAGUUGGAAUGUGACGUGUUGUGCAUUUAUCACGCUAGGGCCAAUGAAGGCAUGGAAAUUGUUUUGUCAGUGCCAGGUGAAGUCAUAUUUUUCAAUCUUGAGAAGAAAAAUGUUUCAGUAGUCCAAGAUAAAGUAUUCCGUCCCUCUGAUGUAACCAUAUGGUACAAAACCUAUUUAGUCUAUGAAUAUUUUGAGACAUUAUCAGUUGUUUGA